AUGGAGGUUGAUAGUGAUAACGGACCCCUCAGUCAGUUCGCCGCGGGUGCGGCAGUCGAAAAGGAUGUCUGGUCUGCGGUGCGCAGUUACAUGAUUACCAGACUGGACAAGAUCGCACACAAUGACUUCCCCAUACCCAACCUACCGCCGCCGCCUCCAGCGCACCAUCCUGUUCUAGAAUCGCACAAGUCUCCGCCGCCGCCAUCACCACCACGAGCCGAAUCGUCCCAGGAAACAAACAACGACGCUUCGACGACCGAGUCGCUUCCUGCCACACAACCCAUCGAGGGCGCAUUACCAAAGCAGUUGGCAGACAUGCUCAUCCACAUUACGAAACACCUCGAGACGUUCGAGGCCAAUCCUCCUCACACUAUUCAACGACUCGCCGAGCUGAUUCUACGGCCCAAAGCGCAUUAUAGGGCGCUUGCGCCUUACCUACAUGCUGUCGACCGUGUAGUGCAAGUGACGUCAAGCACAAUCACAUAUCCUCUACCUCCACCUAUUCCCGACAUGUCCUCGAUGCAUCUAAAUGGUGAAGAUCCUCAAGACCCUGCAGUGUCAGUCGCAUGGAGCAAUCCAACAACAGCAGCGCUGGGCACAGAUGAAGCGCUCGGAGGCGCAUUGUUGACACCCAUCCCAUGGUUGACAAGACGGAGUCCCGAGAGUUCACAAGACACACCUGGGGCGCAAAUUCACAGCGAGGGCACCGAGACCAUUGAAGGACCCAACGGCGUGGGCAGCAUCGAGACCGUUUCUGUUAGUGUCAAUGGUAUUCACUCUACAGGACAUGCGCGGGGAGUUACACAGGGAGAACUCCUGCGCCAGGAACAACGUGCCGGUGUGGUGCCCGUAAGCCAGCUAUCGAGAGCUCAAGAAGCUGCCCACGAAGGGGAGCGCAUGACAAUGGACGAGGAAGAAGACGAGGAGCCGCCAGAGGAAGAAGAGGAGGUACCUCAUGCUAGAGGACCUGAAGAGAUCGGUAUGAGCGACACCGGACCUCAGUCUACGACGACAAGUUUCAUGUCAGAAGGUGGCAUGGGAAUGCAAGGAAUCGAUGUGGAAGCAGCAGUAGGCAGGAAACAUGACGAUGAUGAAGAGGCCAAAGAUGAUGUCGACGCUGAUGGCGAGGCAGCGGGCGAAAGCGACGCCAAGAGCCCAGGUGCAGAGAGCGUCGGCACGAAAAGAGAGGCAGAGCAAGAUCUUGAAGCCGACGCCAACAAGAAGCUGAAGGAAGAAGAUGAUCAAGGUGGAGAGAAGACCAACGGUGAUGCUGCCGAUGUAACGACUGGAGCGAAAAGCGACGACAACAUCGAAGGAACAGCGAAAGACACAAAGGCAGAAGACGACCCUGACAAGAUGGACACGGAAUACCGCAUCGGAGUCGCAACAGGCACACGCGCCCCGAACACCCGCCCAGGCGUGAGAGCUGGGUCAAGAGCACCACCAACACGAUAUGGUUCUUCAGCCGCGACGCGCAACGGCGCGGCAUCACCAACUCCAUCUGUCGCUUCAGUCGCCACUGUUAACACAAUCGGUACUAAGCGUAAAGAACGUGAUUUCGAGGCCGAAGCCAGCACCGAGGAAACAAACAUCCAGGUCGUUGUUCGAUGUCGAGGACGCAAUGAGCGCGAGGUCAAAGAGAACAGCAAUGUCGUUGUCACGGCCGAUUCUGUCAGGGGAAAGGUUGUCGAGUUGUCAAUGGGUUCAAAUGCUUUGAGUAAUCGUUCCUACAACUUUGACCGUGUCUUCUCCCCAGCGGCCGAUCAGUACAUGGUUUUCGACGACACAGUGAAGCCUAUUCUAGACGAGAUGCUCUCUGGAUAUAACUGCACAAUUUUUGCCUACGGACAAACAGGCACCGGCAAGACAUAUACCAUGUCUGGUGACAUGACCGAAACCAUGGGUAUGCUUUCAGACGAUGCCGGUAUCAUCCCUCGAGUGCUCCAGACCCUUUUUACCAAACUCGAGCUCGACAAUGCCGAAAGCACUAUUAAGUGCUCAUUUAUCGAACUUUACAACGAAGAGCUCCGCGACCUGCUCGCCUCCGAUGAAGGUACCAAGCUCAAGAUUUACGACGACACAUCACGACGAGGCCACGCCAGCACAAUUGUUCAGGGAAUGGAGGAGAAGCACAUUAAGGACGCCGCCGAGGGUGUCAAGGUGCUCCAGGAAGGCAGCUUGAAACGUCAGGUGGCGGCUACCAAGUGCAACGAUCUCAGUUCUCGAAGUCACACAGUCUUUACUAUCACAACAUAUGUCCGAAAGCCUAAUGAGCACGGCGUUGAAGCUCUUGUUAGUGCUGGAAAGUUGAACCUUGUCGAUUUGGCCGGAAGUGAGAACAUUCAGAGAUCUGGAGCAGAGAACAAGCGCGCCACUGAAGCUGGUCUCAUCAAUAAGUCUCUCUUGACCCUUGGCCGAGUCAUCAAUGCUCUUGUAGACAAGGGCUCCCACAUCCCUUACAGAGAAUCGAAGUUGACUCGCCUAUUACAAGACUCUCUCGGAGGCCGAACCAAGACUUGCAUUAUUGCCACUAUUUCACCAGCAAAAAUCAACUUGGAAGAAACCAUUUCAACACUAGAGUAUGCGUUCAGGGCCAAGAACAUCAAGAACAAACCGCAGAUGAACCCCAUGAUUGAGAAGAAGACGUUGCUGAAGGAUUUUACCAUGGAAAUCGAAAGGCUCAAGAGUGAACUGAUCGCUACUCGGCAGCGCAACGGUGUCUACCUUUCUAACGAGUCAUACGAGGAGAUGACAGCACAGAGCGAGUCCCGUCGUAUUGUCAACGAAGAACAAUCCGCCAAACUUGACACCCUCGAAAAGAACCUGCGCAACAAGGUCCAAGAGCUCUUCAGCCUCCAAUCUACGUUUUUGGGUCUCAAGAAGGAUCACGAGGGUACGAGGGCCCAGUUGGACGAUACCAAGGAGGUACUGGACCAGACAGAGAUUGUUCUAUCAGCAACACGUCAGUCACUUUCUGAGGAGACCAAGAUUAGAAAGGCGCACCAAAAGACGGAACAGAAGCUUACCGAAGUUGGCGGAGAACUCAUCGACAAGCUGCACAAGACAGUCAGUGAUGUUGGUGGUCUUCAUGCCAAGAACAGGCGAAAGUCGGAUUUACAGUCUAUCAACCGAAACACCUGGACAACAUCUCAGAAUCAGGUCGCUGAUGUGACAUCCAUGGUCGAACGCCGAAUUGGAGAGUUCCAAGAGGAGCAGCAAGAACAUAUCGCCUCUGUUGGACAUCGUAUGGGUAGCUUUGUCGACGAAGAGCUACGGAAGCUAUCAAGUACACAAGCGUUCCUCGAUGAGCACUUGAGUACCUUUGCCGAUUCCAAGAAAGAAUUGCUCGAAUCUAAGCAAAAGUCAAAGGAUGAUAUGGAUGGGGUUUUGGAGGAGAUCAAGGUUGUUCGUGAUACAGUCAAAGAGCGAAUGGGAGAGAGCCUGCAGUCCAUCUCUCACUCUGCCGAGAGAAUAGCAGCGGACAUGAUGAACGAGAUGACCGCUUUCCAUGGACAGCUCCACAACUCCUAUAGUGCCCUUGGGAAAGAUUUCAAGUCUGUUUUUGAAGAACUUGUCAAGCACAUCACAGCCCAACGAGCUGAGUGCGACAACUUGAAGCGACAACUCCAAUCCGCAACCAACACCAUCGUUCUGCAGAACGCUACUAUCUCCUCUCGAAUUCAAGAUGCCCUUGCUGAGGAGCGUCGCUUGGCUGUUGACGAUCGUCAGAAAUUAAUGGCUCAGAUCUCGACUCUCAUCAACACCCAAGCCGAAACCCAGGAGUCGCGUAUGCAGGCCACCGCCUCUGAGAUCCAGAAGACCAUCACUUCUACCAGCACCAACCUUGAGCAGGCCGUUGAUACAUAUGGCGAGGGUAUGUCUUCGUGGGAUCUCAAGGAAGGUGAAAUGUUGGAGGAAGUCAAGAAGUCUCGGGACCAACUCAAGACGAAGCUCAAGGAUGACUGGACAGCCGCCGAUGGCCACAGUAGUUCCAUUCAAGCCACUGCCAAGUCUGUCCAUGCCGAGACUGUUCGUGCUGUCGAUGAGCAGAUCAAGGAUCUCGAUGUUCAGAUGGAAGCUCUCGACGAUUUCGUCACUCGUGCCAGAACUGAAAACGGUCACCACCACGAAACUCACAGCCAAUCCGUUGAUGCUUUAUCUAAUACUGUCGAGGAGUCCUUUGGAAACAUUUCUGCUCACUUCAAGUCCACGUUCGACCGCGUCAAGAACCUUGGCGAGGAAAUGGAGGUUGACCUUGGCGAUCUUCAGGAUUGUCUGGAACCUCUGAAGGAUCAACUCUGCCAGCCUCUUGCCAACCUACGUGAAGAUGUCGCUGGUGCGGCUCUUCAAGAAUACCAGCCUACCGGCGAAACACCCGCAAAGGUCCAAUACCACUACCCUACCGAUCUCCCUCGCACCGAAGACCACGAUCUUAUUAUUUCAAGCAUUGACGAAGUCAUCACACCAACAAAGCACGGCGAGUCGGCCGACAAGGACGCUACAAUUGUCUUUGCUGACCUCGACUCCUCCCCUCACAAGAUGAUGACUUCUCCGGUUCGCCCAGCAACUCGCAUGUCCAUGGUUAGCGCCUCUGAGCAUAUGGGUAUGCCCUCUAGUCUUCGAGAGGUGAACCCCAAUGUGCCAGGUAGUCUCACAACGGGGACAGCCAACUACAACCCUCGGUCCAGCAUAAUAUCCAUGCCUCCCGAGCGCACGAUGCCUCUAUUUAAGCGUCCCACGCGUGUGACUCGCAGCACGAAGAAGGUUGGUAGCAGGGACCCAAUCAUCUCCGAGGGCGGCGAGAACGUACUCCCGACGGCGCUCGAGGAGAGUUUGUCUAGGAGGAAAAGCCCUAGAAUCAACUAG